AUGGUGAGGAAUGUGGAGUCAUCUGUAGAUGAUGUUUAUGAAUGGCUAUUAAAGAAGGGUGUUUCUCAGAAGAUUAGCCAGAUUUUUAGAGAGCUGCUAGCAGAACAUGGAUUAAAGCAGCAUAUUUCCGAUGCAACACAUCGUCUUGGUCAUACGUUAGAUGUGUUGAUAACAAGAGAAGAUAGUUCUAUAUUAAAGGGAAUACCAUUUGUAGCAGAUCCUGGUAUAUGUGACAACAAUGGAAACAGAAGUGGUGACCCCCUCGCAAUUCGCACUUUACUGCGUCUGUCCAAAGCACCGAGAGAGAGAAGAACGGUAAUCUUUCGGAAGAUUCAUGACAUCAACAUAGACAAUUUCAGAAAGGAUCUUGAUUUUUCAAGCGUGACUUACAAGGAAGCAUCCGUUGAAAAGCUUAUCAUUCACUACAAUAGAGUUCUUACUGCUACCAUUGAUGUCCAUGCCCCUCUGAAAUCAAAGGAGAUUGUUAUACGACCGAAUACUCCUUGGUUUACGGAUGAUCUUUAUUCUGCUAAAAGAGAUCGCCGAAAGGCUGAACGACUUAUGAGACGAACAAACCUAGCAGUCCACAAGGACAUUUUCAAUCAGAAAUGUAUGCAGGUUACAAAACUCAUACAACACUGUAAAAGUCAGUUUUAUAUAAACAAAAUUCAGGAAAUAGGCAGCGACUCGAAACAGCUUUUUAAGCUUACCAACAAUCUCAUGGGAAACACAAAUUUAUCAGUCCUGCUAGAGCAUGACAGCGAAAUCGAUCUCGCAUCCAAAUUUGGUGAAUUUUUUAUUGGUAAAAUUCAGAAAAUCAGAGAAAACCUUUGCUCCUUGACCAAGUCUCCUACUAGGGAAGUUGUCCUUCGAGCUGACAUCAAGUUUGAUGGCAUUCCUCUGGAAGCGUUUGAACCAAUGUCGAUUGCUGAGGUAUGUGACAUUAUCGGCGAUGCACCAACGAAGUCUUGCAAGUUAGAUCCAAUCCCCACAAAUGUUUUGAAACAAUGUUCAGAGAGUAUUUUGCCAAUCAUCACUGAAAUUAUCAACAAAUCCUUCUCAGAAGCGUCAGUACCAUUGGAUUUCAAAAAGGCCAUAGUACGUCCAUUGAUUAAGCGCCAAGGACUUGACAAAGAUGAAUUCAAAAAUUACAGACCUGUUUCAAAUUUGCCUUUUUUAUCUAAAGUAUUAGAAAAAGCGGUGGCAUCUCGACUCGAAAAAUACCUAAACGAUUACCAGCUUCAUGAUAACGUGCAGUCGGCCUACCGAAGUAGUCACUCUACAGAAACUGCCCUGCUACGGUUGCACCAUGAUAUUACCUCUUAA